CGGGGCCUGCGGGGCCUGCCGGCGCGGGCGGCGGUGUCCCCGGCUCCCGGGCGGCCUCUCCCUCCCCGCUCGGGGCGGCCCCGGGAUGGCGGCGUGAGGCGGCGGCUCCGCGCCACAGCCUGCCCGCCGGAGGAGUUGCUGGAGACUGUUCUGGAGCACAUCCGACUGCUGCUGCCACGAGACCCCAGCCAGCCACAAUGUACUGCCUGCAGUGGUUGCUCCCUGUCCUGCUCAUACCCAAGCCCCUCAACCCGGCCUUGUGGUUCAGUCACUCAAUGUUCAUGGGAUUCUACCUGCUCAGUUUUCUCCUGGAACGGAAACCUUGCACGAUUUGUGCCUUGGUCUUCCUGGCAGCUCUAUUCCUCAUCUGCUACAGUUGCUGGGGGAACUGCUUCUUGUAUCACUGCACAGGAUCCCAGUUGCCGGAAUCAGCUCACGAUCCCAGCAUAGUGGGCACCUAGAAAACCAUAACCUUCCAGUCUGCUGAGGGCUCUUGUUUGGCUUUUAAAUAGGGGGUGGGGCUGGGGAGGAGGGGGGUGUUAGAUAUGGGACUGGAAUAAGGACAGCCUGUUUCCUGUAACUGUGCGUGGACUAGAGUGGCAAGUUCCUCCCACUCUGCCCGUGAAAUUCGACUCGUUUACUGUGUGAACUCUGGCAGCACCACCUGCUUUUUUAGAAGCAGAAGUGUUUUUUUUUUCCUUCCCGUAUCACCGGGAACAGACACCAGCCCUCCCAGCCGAGAACUGCUGAAGGCCCGAGCCACUGGCCCCUGGUGGCAGUGGUGGAGUUGUGUCACUGGUCUGCAUUAGGCCACACUGGUCUAACUCAGGGCUCUCGGCCCUCUGAUCCUGCUCGAGUAGCUACAAGAUUCUCUCAGUCUCUCUGUGGGGAGCCACCUUUCCACUUUGCUGAUCAAGGGCAAAUGCUACAGCUCACAGAUGCACUUGGCCAAAAGCUGCUGGGGCCAGAGGCAGUUGAGUCACCUCCUCCUGCUCAGCCUGCCAAAGAGAUGUGUGCACUGCCCAAGUGCUUUCUGAACUCCAUAUGCUCCGAGAUGAUCCCAGCCUGAAAGCCUCAGUUAUGCUGCUGCUUUUAUAAAGCCUCACAGGCAGCAGAGACUCUCUCUUCCCCUCCUCCUAGAUGUCCAGGGUUUACCAAGGUAUUGACUGUUGGUUUAAAGAACCGGUGUGCUGCAAGACACAGGGUUUUAGAAGCCACUGUGAACUUCACCCUACAAAACCUGUGCUAGCCCAGAAGUCCAGGCGUGGGCAGGGCAGGAGAGGGUCCUGAGGUGGAGGCAUGGCUUGAAGCAGUAAGUGCUUCAACCAUUUUCAGUGUUAGCAUUUUUGGGCUAGAGGUGACAGAAGGUGCUGGUGCUACUGACUGGAGAAGUGCUGUGGCUGGAAAAACACGUGAUAUCUCCAGCUUCUCUGGCAGAAGGAUGUCAAGCAGCUGAGGUGGUGGUGGGUCAAGCCUAAAGCCUGGGGCAGAGGUUGGUUUGUGAAAAGCCUUAGAAGUUGACACAAAACACUUGUCUCUAAACUUUAAAGGUGUUCCUCCCCUUUGCCCUCUGUUUGUCUUUCCUUCAGUCUCCUGCUGGAGAACAGCAGAAGUGGCUGUUGCUGUCCUGAGGCAGUUCAAGCUAUGAGGUUGUGAAACUUCCAGAGUAUUGUUUGUUCAUUGCACAGCUGUUCAAAAUGUUUAAUAAAGCUUUAUAAACUUUGGUCUAUGGCCUCCUGCCCAGCA